AUGGAUGACCAGCAACCGGGGAUAUUUACGUCUUUCCGAUCUCCAGUACAAGCAAGGAUGAAGCACAUUUCUGUGUUUGACUGCAUUUCCUUGACCGUGUAUUCCUUCACCUUCCUCCUGGGUCUCCCCGCUAACCUUCUGGUCUUUUUCGUGUAUGUGCGUAAAGCUCAGAAACAUGGUGCUACUCCUAACGUGGUCUAUACUAUCAACCUGUGCUUAUCCAAUCUGGUCCUGGUUGCCUGGAUGCCUGUUAAAUCUGCCUACACGGUUCUUGAUGUAUGGAUCCUACCAGAGUUGCUGUGUCCGAUUUACAACUUCUUUGUCGUGGCCUCGCUUUAUGGCAGCGGGCUCCUGCUGACAGCUGUGGCAGUUGGACGUUAUCUGAGUAUCGCUUUUCCGAUCAGCUAUAAACUUUAUCGGCGUGCUCGUACGUCCUGCAUGAUCAGCGCUCUGCUGUGGGCUAUAGUGCUUUUGCAUCUCAGUUUAGCUUUGGUAGCAGAGAAAGGGGCCUAUUUCGUGUCUCCGUUUAUGCCCAACACUUCAAAAUGCUAUGAGAACUUUACGCAGGAGCAGCUGGACGUGCUUUUGCCUCUGCGCCUAGAGAUGGCAGUAAUGCUGUUCGCCGUGCCGCUCCUGCUCUCCAUCUUCUGCACGCUGCGCUGUCUAGCACUGGUCAAACGCUCCUGUCUUUCGGCUGGCAGCAAACGCCGCAUCCUGGCCAUGGAACUGUCGGCGCUCUUGGUCUUCGUGGUAUGCUACACACCAUACAACAUAUCUCACGUGGUCGGUUUCAUCACGCACAGCAACGUGACCUGGAGGCGUGAGGCCAUUGUCUCCAGCUGCUGCAACGUCUUCCUUGAGCCUGUGGUCAUGCUGAUGCUGUCGCCCUCGAGGCCCAAGGACCUGGUCUACAGAAUGUGCUCGAAGCGGACCCCUAAACAAUACCAGGUGAAGGAAACUCUGGCAACCAAGCAAAGAGGGACGACGUCAGUCAAAGGACAGUUAGGUUCUGAAACUGUCAAAUCAGCUUAA